UACCUGUUUUGCUUUUUCGAAUAUUUUUUAUCAUUAUCAUUAUUUUUUUUCUUCCCUUUUUGCUUUAUUCGUGGAAUGCAUGGAAGGAACAGCCAAUCAGAGGCAAGGAGAAAGAAAGGGCAAGGGAGACCGCGGGUAUAUAUAAAAUGUGGCAGAGAGAAGCUUUAGCAUUCUCUCGCGCUGAGAUCAACAUUGCAACUGCUCUUUGAGUCGUGUCCCUGAACUUGCGAAGAUGCGCGGCGCUUACCUCUUCCUGGCGGCGUUGGCUCUGUCGUGCCUCGUGGCGGCCGAGGCGCUCGCGCUGUUGACAGGCGCCCUCAGCGGCCUGGCGGCGCUCAAGGGCGCGGCGCUCGUCGGGAAAGUCCUCUUGUCCCCGAAGAAGAAGCUCCUUCGCGUCGGUCGGUCCGUCGAUACGACUCUGCAGGAGGGCGAAGACCUCCUCCUGUCCGCCGCGACGCAGCUGGACUCCGACGGCUGUAUCCCGCGCCUCCUGUGCCUCCUUGAGACCAAGGAAACAUCCUCGCGCUCGGAGGAAGAGAGUCUCCUGCUGGAGAUCUUCGCCAACAACACCGCAGCCGUCACCUCGAACAACGCCGCCUUCGUCUACGCCACCGACCUGGGCGCCAAGACUCGCGACCCCGCUGCGUGCAAGAAGCUGUUCCCGAGGUGCCCUCUGAGCGAGGACCAGCUGAGCUCCCUCCUCCAGCAGGCCUGGGGAUGCGGCGUCGUCCCUGCCGCCCUGCAGGCCUACGAGGAGGGCAGCCAGAUCUAAAGGUAGAGCUGGCUUGGCCUCUGUCAUCAGAAGAGUCGUUUCUAUUGUGGAAAAGACUUAUGAAGAGGGACCAUUUUUGUUCAGGAAAUGGUCUGCUGUCUUCGUGACAGUGGAUUUGUUGAUGUGUCAGAUUUAGACCUAUUGUUCUACGUGUUGAAUAUUGUUGCACAAUAAAACAGAAGAGACAGAAAACA